AUGUCGCUCCCAGAACUGGAAGAAUUUCUCUCCUGGUUUCAAAGCAAUGGCGGAAGAAUUGAUUUAGAUGCCGUUGGAUUCAAGUAUUUUCCUUCUACCGAAGGAGGACGCGGUGCUGUUGCUCUGAAAAACAUCGAGAAAGACCAAACAUUAUUCGCCAUCCCUCGUCCAUUAACGCUUUCGACCAAAACAUCAUUGUUACCUGAGAAGUUUGGACCCCGAGCCUGGAAAGAACACAAAUUGGAUAAGGGAUGGUCAGGACUUAUCUUGUGUAUGAUGUGGGAGGAUGCUCAGACGUUCAACUCCAAGUGGAGAUGUUAUCUUGCAACUUUACCUACCGCCUUUGAUACCCCAAUGUUCUGGAGCGAAAAAGACCUGAAAGAGCUUGAGGGUACUUCGGUGGUAGAAAAACUAGGAAAGGAGGACGCAGAACGCGAUUACCAUGACAAGGUCUUUCGAGCUAUACAAAGCCGACCGGACCUUUUCCCACCGGAAACACUUUCAAAUCACUACUCACUCGAACGUUAUCAUGUUAUGGGAAGUCGCAUUCUCUCUAGAAGCUUCGGCGUCGAGCGUGUAGACAUAGAUGGCGGUGACGACGGAGAGGAGAUGAAUCCUGAAGCUGACAAAAGUAUAGGAAGUGCCAUGGAUGUCGACGAACAUGACGAAACGACCGGCGUGGAAGAUACAUCUAUUCAAGAUGAUAGCCCGUCUGAAGAUGGUGACGAAGGCGAGGAAGAUGCUAUAGACAUUUCGAUGGUGCCUAUUGCGGACCUUCUCAAUGCUCGUUUCGGUUCUGAGAAUGCGAAACUUUUCUACGAAGAAAAGGAGCUCAAAAUGGUGACAACCAAACGAAUUCUAGCCGGAGAACAAAUUUGGAAUACAUACGACGAUUUACCAAACAGUGAACUACUCCGAAGGUAUGGUCACGUCGAUAUCCUACCCCUUCCAGGAAGCGGCAAGGGCAAUCCAGCAGACGUAGUCGAAAUUAGGGCAGAUUUAGUACUUGCAACAUUUUCCCAACAGUCCGAAUCUACUUCAAGUACUGAGAGAAUUGAUUGGUGGUUGGAGGAAGGGGGUGACGAUACUUUUGUCCUUGGAACUGACUACGAGGUUCCCGAGGCUAUGGUAUCUCUGACACGACUGCUUUAUCUGUCGUCGGACGAAUGGGAAAAGGCGCAAGAAAAGAGUAAACCUCCCAAACCGAAAUUAGACUCUCAAGCACUAAAUCUCAUCCUCGUUGUCCUGCAAAAACGAAUCGCACAAUAUCCUUCGACGAUGAAAGAUGACGAAGAAAUUCUAAAACAAGAGCCUGGAAUGCCUCUUAACAAGUACCAGGCGAUAUUCGUGCGUCUUGGGGAGAAACGAAUCCUCGAGAACACUCUUCAGCGACUGGUAACGGCCGGGAAAGCUAGAGGUGGAGGUACACAUAAAAGAAAGUCUGCUCCGGCUUUCGAUGGUUCAAAUCAAUCGACUAAGAAAGCGAAACGAUAG